AUGGGUGAUGAGCCCGUCGCGCCCAAUGACGGAGUGGCAUCUCUGGUUGGUUCGGAGGCUGCCUUUGCAGUCAUCAACGAGGCGUGGUUUCACGUUCUUGCCGGGGACGGCGACGCAGCAGACCUCGCAGCGGCCCCCGGAUGUGGCACGCCGGCUUUGUUAGACCUCCUCACAGGAGUAGAACUGUCCACAGGUGUCCUGGGAGCAUACACGCCAACGCUGCUGCAGGGGCAUGCAGACCUCCUAAAUGAUGCUUGUGGUGGCUGUUCAAGCAUCCUCUUGCGCAAAGAGGAGUGGGAUCGCUUGAUGUGGGGUGUCCGAGAGCUGUGGGGUCCAAGCCAAGUCCUGCGGAAGGCCGUCGUAGCAGUUGGACGCGACAACCGCUCACUGCUGGCGCAGCUUGCCUGGUCUGAACCAUUGGAACCGACCCGUCGCGCAGCCCUCGUGAUGCUGCUGCAGGCCGCUGCCCACUUGGACCACGGCCGCGAGGGCCCGUUGGCCAUGCUGAAGCGCCUGCUUCCAGAUGGUGAGAGCCUGGUGGCACGGCCGGAAAUGCAGCAGCUGAUGUCCAUGGUUCCCGCAACGAGCAGUUCCAGAAGUCACUGGCGGCGGCGUCCUCCUCCUCCCGACAUGUUUUCAGGAGAUGUUUGCCCUCCUUGUGUGGACUCGGUGGAGCACAUACGGGAGAUUCCUCCGCAGGACAUGCUGAUUGUGCCCAAAGCUUUGCCUGCUGAAGCUUUUCUGGGUGGCUCCCUGGUCACACAACAGGACGAAGCAGCUGUCUUAGCUGGACUGCCGCCACCUCCCACAAGGAAGAUCGGCUCCAACAUCAGUCAAGGUCUUCUUGUACAGCUUCGGCCACCGGAGGAUCCUGCGGCAUGCGAAGCCACCCAGUGCUGCAUCUGCAUGGAGCAGUUCAGCGCCUGCCAGCUUUGGCAUUGUGGUCGCGACGUUUGUGGCGGGAAGGCCUUCUGCUCCAACUGCUUACGACAGCACGCCGAGGCGGUCAUCGACAGUGGGCUUUACGCCGCACCCGCUGUGCGUUGCCCAGUUUGCAACCUUCGCCUAGCGACAACAGCUUGGGCGCCUUUAGUAAAGGAGGAGACGUUUGCCAAAUACCAGGAAAAUGCCCGAGCUCUCCUCACGUACAGGUGUGCAGCCUGCGACGAAACAGGUUCCUACCUGAGGCCUGGCAUGGAAGGCCAUGCCAGUGCCGGAAAGCCUUUUGGCAUGCUCGGGACCGAGGCGCGCGAGCGGCUCUGGAUUGCGUGGGAAGCUUUCUUCCUAGCGGAGGUGCCUGCAGAGAAGUUCCUGCAGACGAUCCUGGACGAGUUUUCCUGUGGGCACCGCAAGGGUGGGGCCCCGCCCAGCAGCAUGAACAAGGUGCUCGGUCCGAGUGGCCAAGCCAACUGGAUCGAGGACCUGGAGCGACGACUAGCCCUCCAACUGGCCUGGCUGCACCGUUUCCCACGACAGCGUACCCCUUGCUGUGGGGAGCAGUUCUGCUUCCGCUGCAAAGUGUCCUCGUGGCACAGAGGAGUCACCUGCAACGACCGCCUGCGCUCUGAAAAAGCGCGCCAGGCGCAGCUGUGUCCCGGAUGCGGGGUACCAACACAGCGCAGCGAGGGCUGCCGCAAGAUCACCUGCGUGUGCGGUCGUGUGUGGGAAUGGGAGGGGAUCGACGGCGACAGCAGCGAUGAGGAGGGCAUUUUCUCGGAAGACUCCGGGGCUGAGGAUGAGAUGCAAGCACAAACUGCAGUUAACCUCGUUGCGAUGAACAACAAGGUCUCGGACGAAACAGUCCGCACUCUGAUCCAGGCUUUGGUGAACGCCGGAGCUGACGUCAAUGGCUGGCCCAGUGAGAGAUGUCCUUUGCUACUUGCAGUGCAGUGUCGAAACACCGCCGCAGUUGCUGCGCUUUGUGAAGUGGGAGCUCGGGUAACCCCCGAGGUGUUGGAGGAACUCAAGGGUGUCUCGCUGGAGUGGCAGCGCUGCGAGAUGGAAAGGCUGAUGCGUCCACAAGUGCAAGGGGAUCCGAACAUGAGGCUGCCACUGUGGGUUUGGAUUCAAGCCGGAAGCGCCGCAGCAGUGGAGGCUUUGCUUCGCAAUGCGGCGCAUGAGGAGGCAGUUGGCGAAGAUGUGUUCAUCGCUUUGCAGCGGAGCAGCGGCGAUGAUGACAGUCGCAAGCAGAUUGCCGAGCAUCUUCGAGAGCAUGUCGGCGAGGAGCAGUUCCAGAAGAUGCACACAUUCUCAGCCACGCGACGCAUGUUGAUGGAAGUUCGUCAGGCUCUUGAUGAGGAGCGGGACAUUGAGGUGUCCAUCAUCCAGGAGGCCUUGCAGAACGGCGCUGAUCCGAAUGCCAGAGAGAAGGAGGAGGCUGCCGAAGACGAAGCUCUGGGGCUCACUGGGCUGGCGCUGCUGGCCAUGUGCUAUCGCUCGAGCACCGAAUCUGUGACGAAGGGCAUCGAAGCUUUGCUUGAGGCCCGGGCAGAUCUGGAGACGGAGGUGGAUGAUGGAGCGACCCCGCUCCUGGUGGCCCUGCGUCACCGAAACAUGACGGCCCUCGAGGUCCUGGCGAAGGCUAGCGCCGAAGGCCCUGCUUCGCCUGCACCGCGGAUCGCAACAGAGAUUCUGGACGAGGUCAGCUGUUUGUCGGAAGACUCGCGCCGGCUGCGUGUCGAGGAGCUUCUGCGGCCCGUAUUGCGUGGCUGUGGUCGCGGCCUGGCACCGCUUCCGCUGUGGACCUGGGUGGAGCAUGGUUCAGUCGCAGCAGUCGAAGCACUCCUACGAAGCAGUGACGAGGCAGUCUCGGUGGAGGAUGUCAUCAGCCUGCAAAGAUGCCGUGUCCAUGAGUCCAUGCCACAAAUCCAGGAGCUCCUGCAGCGCAAAUGUGGCGAGGAGGAAUUCUCCAGGCUGCAGACAGAAGCAGCCACGCGUCGGCUGUUGCAGGAACUCCGUGAAGCUUUCGAUGACCAGCGUGAUGUGGAUCUGAUCAUCGUGCAGAACAGCUUGGAGCUGCAUGCAGAUCCAAACGCCCAGGAAGAGGAGGCAGAAGAUGGUCCUGAUUUCCAGGAAGGGAGCUACUCCCUCUCUGCAUUGCAGCUGCUGGUAACAAAUCUGCACGUGGCAUCGGACACGAUGCAGAAAGCAGUUGCAGCACUUGUGGAAGCAAAGGCGCAGGUGAACGCUGACAUUGGAAACGAUACGCCUCUCCUCUCAGCAUUGCAGAGUCGCUGCGUGAACGGUGUUGCGGCUGUGUGCCCGAAGCUCAGCCGUCGGAGUGAAGAACUUCCGAUCUGGUCUCAGGGGUUGGACAGCAUUUGUGAUAGAGAGACAGGGUUGGUGUCCACCCCCAGCCUUUGA